AUGGCUCAUAUCGCUUAUCCCAACAACGCGCACAGCGUCACUGUACCUUCAGGUAACACUUACUCUUACGCUCAUUUCCCAGCUGGCUCAGCCGAAGAGAAAGCCUUCAAGCCUACUGUCCUUCUUCUGCAUGGGUGGCCAUCAUCAAGCCAUGGCUGGAUCUACCAGAUCCAGCAUCUUGUUUCGUUGGGGUUUGGAGUUAUCGCCCCAGAUCUGUUGGGUUAUGGCCAGACCUCGUGUCCAACAGACCCUGAAGAAUACACAUUUACCAGAAUGGGCGAAGAUCUAAUCAGUAUGUUGGAAAUGGUUGGUCUCAGGACCAACAACAAAAGCAUCCAUGUGGUAGGCCAUGAUUUCGGCUCACUCUUCCUUAGCUAUCUAGUGGCUAAAUAUCCAUCUCUUGCCCGUUCAUGCGUUUUUGUGAGUGUUCCAUGCACUCCAGCUGGUGUAAAGGUUGACAUGGACGCGUUGAAACCGAUGAUGGAAGAAGCAUUGGGUUUUGAGUUAUUUGGUUAUCGCCGGUUAUUGAUUCAGCCUGAUGCGUGGUAAUUACUUGAUGCCCACGUAAGUGUUCCAAAAAGCCAACUUUCGUAAUCUAAAAUGCUGACGCGAAAACGAAAAAUAGAAGGAUAGUUUGUUUUCGUUAGGAUACAGCUCCGAGAAGCUGCUCAUAUCGAACUUCUUUCCCCCGGGAGCUCUCGAAGCAUGUCUCCGCGCUGACAGGCAGUUUCCCCUCGAACCGUGGGUGACGCCCGAAUUCAAGACUACUCGGGACCGAAUAUUUCAGGAAACAGGAUAUCGUGGUUCAUUACUCUGGCAGUGUGGGGAAUAA